GUCUCCAUGGCGCCCGGCAAACAUUUCUGAGCCUCGGCGCUACCCGCUAACGCCCCGGGUUGGGGAACUGGGGACUCCAGAAGCAGCCUGGAAAGGGGUGGUCGACAACUCCCAAACCCGUCGCCACCAUGCCCGUUUCUCCGACAAACAGCCGCAAGCAGCCAAACCUCUCGCCGAAUAAUGCCUCACUAUUACCAAGGAGGUCUAUUAGCUUUAAUGCCACAGGAAAAGCUCCAAACAAAGGAUAUAUUGGUUCAAAUCAAAGCAAACUGACUGUAUCAAGAAACUUACUUAUUCCACCUGAAAUGAGAUCAAUAGAAAAAUUGAAUAUUCCCAACAUUAAGACAAUACAGGUGUUUGAUGCAAAUGGAAUUGAUGUUACUCCCCGACCUCUUUAUUGUCCAGACCCACAUGUUGGUACAGCAAAACCAAGUAAACUACUGACAUCACAAGAAGGAUCACUUGGAUCGGAAUUUAUUUCUUCCUAUAGCCUGUAUCAGAAUACAGUAAAUCCUAGUAUGUUAGGGCAGUUUACAAGAUCAGUUAUAGGAAGCAGUACCAUUUCUAAGUCAAGUAUAUCAACAACUGAAUCAAUAGCAGAAGACUUAGAAGAACCAUCCUUUAGACGAGAAAGACUAUCUAGUUUAACAGAUUUACGAGUUAUGAGGGCAGUGCCUGAAACAACUAUAACAAAAGAAGACCUUGAGAAGAAUAUAGAGAUAAUACUUACAGAGUCAGAAAUGCUACGAUUUUUUGACUUGCCAACAGUUACGAUCUCUGUAGAAUCUGAAGAAGCUGAGAAAGUAAUCCAAGGAAAUAAGAAUUAUGAAAGCCUUUGUAAAAACAGAUUAGGCAAUGACUUAUAUGUUGAAAGGAUGAUGCAGACUUUUAAUGGUGCACCAAAGAAUAAAGAUGUUCAGUGUGAUAAAAUCAUAACAGAAGACAAAGGCAUGAUGGCCACUACCUGGGAUUUGUUUGAUUCAUACAAUGCUCUAGAACUUUCAUCUUUAUCAUCAAAACAAUCUGCAAUUAAAUCAGAUAGUAAAGCAAAUGUACGUCCUAAAGAUUGGGAUCAAGAGCCGGUACAAAGUACCAUAGGGAAAAGUAGUGAAGCUAGUUCUCUUAUGGAUAUAGAAAAUGUAAUUAUGUCUAAAAUCCAUGAUGAUGAAGAGGACCACUCAGAUGCAAUAUUAAAAUCUGAUAAAUUUCAUCAAGAUUUAUUUUUCAUGGAACGUGUUCUAAUGGAAAAUAUAUUUCAACCCAAACUUGCAGCUUAUCGUCAACUUCCUAUUUUAAAAGAACUUGAACCUGAAGAGCCUAAAGAGGUUUUAGAAGGUGAAAAACUUGAAGAAGUAGAGGAAGAAGUUAAGGAGGAGGAGGAAGAAAUAGAAGAAAUAGUUGGAGAACCAGCCAAUUUGGAACGACUUUGGUCUUUUUCCUGUGACUUAACCAAAGGCCUUAACAUAAGCAGCCUUGCCUGGAAUAAAACAAAUACAGACCUUUUGGCUGUGGGGUAUGGGCACUUUGGAUUUCAAGAGCAAAAAAGAGGAUUGGCUUGCUGCUGGUCAAUAAAGAAUCCCAUGUGGCCAGAACGCAUUUAUCAGAGUCCAUAUGGAGUUACUGCUGUGGAUUUUUCAAUUGAAACACCUAACCUGCUAGCAGUUGGCUAUCACAAUGGCACAAUUGCAGUUUAUAAUGUACAGAGCAACACAGAUGUUCCAAUUCUGGAUAGUAGUGAAUCACCUCGAAAACAUUUGGGACCUGUAUGGCAACUACAGUGGAUAGAACAAGAUCGAGGAACAACAGGUGAUGACAAAAGAGAAAUCCUAGUUUCUAUAUCAGCAGAUGGAAGAAUCUCCAAAUGGGUUAUACGAAAAGGAUUGGACUGUCAUGACUUGAUGCGAUUGAGACGAACUACUGGUGGCAUCAACAAGAAAGGAGGGGAAAAAGAGAAGAAAGGUGAAGCUUUGAUAUCUCGACAGGCUCCUGGAAUGUGUUUUGCUUUUCAUCCCAAGGACACAAAUAUCUAUUUGGCUGGCACUGAAGAAGGUCAUAUUCACAAGUGUUCUUGUUCAUAUAAUGAACAAUACCUAGAAACCUACAGAGGACAUAAGGGCCCAGUGUAUAAAGUAACAUGGAACCCAUUUUGUCACGAUGUAUUCUUAAGCUGUUCUGCAGAUUGGGGUGUUAUGAUAUGGCAUCAGGAGAAUCUCAAACCAUUUUUGAGUUUUUAUCCAACUACUCACGUUGUUUAUGAUGUUGCCUGGUCUCCAAAAUCAUCCUAUAUAUUUGCAGCUGCUAAUGAAAGCAGAGUGGAGAUUUGGGACCUUCACAUUAGCACUUUGGACCCUCUGAUUGUGAAUGUGGCUAACCCUGGAAUCAAGUUCACAACUAUUCUCUUUGCCAAACAAACAGAUUGUCUUCUAGUGGGAGACAGUGAUGGACAGGUUGCUGUGUAUGAACUGAGAAAUAUGCCUACUGCUUUGGACUCUGGCCGAGGAGAUGCAAUAAACGCUUUGCUUGGACCCAAGUCAAACUAACCAGGACAAUUCAUCAUUUAUAAUAUUUUGUUGUUGUUGUUGUUUAAAGAAAAAGGAACAGUGUUCAAUACUUAAUAGUUUGUAUAAAUAGGCUGUAAGCUAGGAUUUUGAUUAUAGAAAACAACACUUGAUAUAUAACUUCCAUUUAAAUGUAAUGAACUUUUCAGAAAUAUAUGAUUACUUUGUUAUGAAAGUAAAAGUUCUAAGAAUUUUGUUGAAAUCUUAAGGUAUUUAUACUUAGUCAUAUGAGUAUAUAUAUUACAUAUUAUAUUACAUAUGUAUAUGCUAUACUCAUAUAUCCUGUAUACUCAUAUAUAUACUAUAUAUACACCCACACUUAUAAAAUGACCAAAUGCAUUAGAAAAUUAUUUCUUUAGAAGCCAAAUUUGGAAAUUAUUAUUUUUUUAGGAAAUAAAACUGUCUUUAUUCAUAGAAGAUGCAAAUCUUGUACACAGAAAAUUUAAGGAAUUCAGUGAAAAAACUACUAGAAUAAGCAAUGUUAACAAGUUCACAGGAUAUAAGAGCAAAAUUAUUAGAAUUACUUAAACCAAAUCUUUAUAAUACAAAAUUCCAUCAAUUUUAAUCUGCUCUUUAAGCUUUGUUUUCCAAGAUUUAUAAUUACAUAGUUUUUAGUAUAAUGAGAGCAGUGUAUUCUCAUAUGCAAUUUGUAGCCUUAAAUUUUAUCCUCGUUGAUCUGAGAGAUGCAGCUAUAGAACUUUAUUAGACUGUCUGACAAACAUAACAGCAAAUAUCAGAAUUAUAUUGUUUGGCCAGCAGGCACCACCCUCCCAAUUCAGUGAGAAAAGUUAAUGUGGAACAAACUAGGACAUCUUCCUCUGAAUCUGCUCUGGACUUUAAGCUUGGACUUUAGUGGACUCAGCAAGAAAAUAGAAAGUCUCUGAUGUAUAGAUCACACUAGAGACAGGUUGUAGAAAUAGGGGGAUGAUUCCUCCAAAUAUAGAUCGCAAAGAGGUGGCUCCAUGUGAUUUAACAAGUCCUGGGUUUGUUAACUGUGUCCUGUGGCCUGUUCUUGUAAGUGGACAGGAGAGCAUGUGUACUAAGCUCUCUAGGGAAAAAUAUACACACAUAUAUAUAAACAGAAUUAAAUUAGUGCAACAAUGGGAGCUACCUUUUUCAAGUGUCCAUUGCUUCACAGUCUCCAUUUCUUUGGAGCUAUCUUUUAAACAAAAGCAAGGGAAUUUUCAGGUAGAUUUGAGAGUUUAGGUCAGGUUAUAAGGAUUAUAAAUUUUCUACUGAUACAAGUGAAUAAGAUUAUCUUUGUCUUUCUAGAAGAUGGAACUUUCUAUAACAAUUUGUGUACGAAAAUAAAAAUUUGAUUUAAAAAUA